AUGACAGCUGCUUAUAAGAUUUUCCUCAUAUGCUUUCUACUUCAAGGUACCUUAUGCCAGCAGUGGGAUGCCUUCAUGCCUCAGGCAGUGGACGGACUGAGUGGAUCCUGUGUGACCGUCCCCUGCACGUUCAGCUUGCCCUCAGAUUGGGAUCAAUACCUGGAUGAUUCAUGUAAAGCCAUCUGGAAGAGAGGCAGCUGGAGUCGAACGCAGGUGUUUGAUUCCGGCCUCACUGGAGUGAAAACGGGCUUAAACAUCCUGCAGGGAAACCUGACGGGGAUCCUGCGUGAGAAGGACUGCACCACCAUCUUCAGCAACCUGCCGUCCAACCAUUACGACAACUAUUACUUCAGGCUGCAAUGUGACAACGAUCUGAAGUUCAACUUUAAAACGAGUGUCCUUAUCACGGCUCAAGAGUCAAUGCCCAAACCUACCAUAACUCCAUCUAGGCUGGAGGUAGAAGACGGGAGUCAAGUGAGGCUCAACUGCUCGGCUUUGGCUCCUUGUUUUGCUGUUCCUCCAUCCCUGACUUGGGCCCCACGUAUAGGUGACAUUGAGGAGCACCUGGAAGGUAAUAUUGUGACGUCUGUCAUCAACUUCACCGCUUCUUACCUCCAAAAUGGAAAGAAGUUCUCCUGCACCGUACUCUACAACCGACAAGCUGGCAACAGUGACCUUCAGUACGAACAAAGUUUGACCCUCCAAGUUCUUUAUCCUCCAGAUAACACCUCAGUCAGUUAUUCUGAUCCUGUAAAAGAGGGCAGCUUGGUGACUCUGACCUGCAACACCAGUGCUUAUCCAGAUGCAGACAGCUACACCUGGUACAAAGUGGAUGGGGAUCAGGUGACAGCAGUGGGCUCAAAGAAGAUGCUUUCAACUACAGUCUCAGAAGUCGAUAGCCAAUUUUACUGCAAAGUCAGCAACAGAGUGGGAACCCAGAACUCAUCCAUCGUUCAGCUAGAUGUACAAUUUGCUCCCAAGGAAACCAUGGUAAUCGUCAACCCCACUGGUCCAAUACCGGAGGGCAACUCUAUUACUUUUACCUGUAUCAGUCGUGCAAACCCACCUGUGAAGAGCUACACCUGGCACAGAAAUGAUGAGCAGGAUAAGGAGCUGGGAUCGACCUUGGUUAUAAAUGAUGUCGACACAAGCCAUAGUGGCAGCUACCGCUGUGCAGCGAAAAAUGAGCUGGGAGAGGAAACUUCAGCAGAAAUACAGCUGGAUAUUCAGUAUCCCCCGAAGAACACCUCGGUUUCAAGUGACCCCUCUGGUGCAGUAGUGGAUGGCAACCCUGUAACUCUGACCUGCACAAGCAUCGCAAAUCCAGCAGUGGUUAACUUCACCUGGUUCAGAGUGUCUGGGAGAAGAAAAGAGUUGGUGGGCUCUGAGCAAGACUUCACCUUUAAUGUGACCAAACUCUCAGAGGAUCUGCAUUAUUGUGAAGCUCGAAAUGCCUAUGGAGCUGACAAAUCAGAGCAUGCCAGCAUCGAUGUCACAUUUGUUCCAGAGAUCCUGCCCUCUUCUCGCUGCGUCAAGAUUUUAUCCCAGAUUCGGUGUUCCUGUGAUAGCCAGGGGAACCCCGCUCCCUCCCUGGUUUGGGAAUUAGCAGGGAUGCCUAUCAAUCAGUCUGCUGAUAUCCCGAUCAGACAAGUUCCCCUGGGGAGCCAGGGGAUGACGAGCCUCAUCACCCUGUACCGCGUGAGCGAAGACUUGCCAUCUCUCAUGUGCCUCAGCAUCAACUCUCUGGGCUCUGAUAGGUUUGCAUUCAACGUGUCCUCCAGCGAAAUGGAGAUAGGCCUCCAUACUUUUUCUCUUUUGAUCGGCUCUGCAGUGGGAGCAGUUGGAAUGCUUUUGGUGUGUGUCCCACUGGUGAUUUUCUUGGUCAGGAAAAGAAAAGACAGGCUUUUAUCGAACAAGAGCUACGUGGAAACUUCUAACUUAAUGGGCCAUAACGAGGUGAGUUUAUAUCCUUGAAGGUAAACUCUC